AUGGCUAGUUCUGUUCAUUCCACUGUGAGCGGCAACACUGCAAACCCUUUCUCUACCCAAAUCAACGUCAACGUCAUCAGCAGCGCCAAAAAGUCCAUCAACGAAAAUAUCAAGGAAGCUAUUGUUGCAAGACUUGGCUCUAGCUCCCGCAAAAAAACUCCGUAUGAGGGAACCUGCGAAUGGCUGUGGAAGAUCCGACACUUUCAAUCCUGGGUCAGCGAUGAGCCAGAAAGUCGCGGUCUCCUCUGGGUCUGCGGUGGCCCUGGUAAAGGAAAGACUCAUCUUGCUACACACUUGGUGACCCGACUGAGGACUGGCUCUGUGAUGACCGAACUGGGAGGGGCCCUAUCGACAAGCGCCUUGGGAAAUGACUGUAUAGUCCUGAGCUACUUUUGCGAUGCGAGUAAUGUCCUUCAAUCUACAGAGCUUGCAGUGGUGCUCGGUCUAUUGAAUCAGCUGUUGGAGUUGAAAGAUUCUGAGGAGUUUUAUAAGAUCAUUUCUCCCAGAUUCUCUGGUAGGGGCCAGGAUCUUUUCAGUGGCUCCUACAUUCAAGAUCUCUGGGAUUGUCUUGAGCAGAUUAUCCGAGUGAUCGUCCCAAAACGACCGAUCUACAUCGUGCUAGAUGGACUGGAUGAGUGCGACAGACCUUCUCAAGCCCGUCUCUCGAGCCAAAUGAGAAGUAUAUGCCACGAAGGCCGACAAGAUGAGAAGAAUCCGCUCAGGGUAGUCAUAUUCAGCCGUCCCUUGGAUCCGUCGCUUCCUCCAAUGGAUCCGACAAUUGAUCUGAAUGUCGUUGAGAAUCGUCAGGGGACCAACGCAGAUAUUUCUAUUUUCGUGGAAAACAAAUGCCGGCUGCAGCGGGAUAAGGAUCGAUUUUGCAAGCUCUUAACAGACCGAUCCGAAGGUACUUUUCUGUGGGUUGCGUUGGCUAUCUCCCUUCUGGAUGAAGUGUCGGUUCAACAGAAAAUAGUCGACGAAGAUUCCGCAUUCCUUGACAAGCUACUCCCGGUUGGAUUGCCUGGAAUGUACGACAGAAUCCUCUUCAACAUUGCUGACAGUCUGCACGGAAAAGCUCAUUAUCAAGAUAUGAUGAAAAUCUUCCGCUGUCUGACUGUUUCACAACGUCCGCUCACCAGGGAAGAAAUUGGCACCCUGACGGAAAUGAACGAAUACAUAGUGAAUGAGGCCCUUUCUGCCUUUGGUAAUAUUCUUUCGACGACAGGCGGAGUCUCAGAUCAAGAAGCAAUCGAGCUCAUCCAUCUCUCACUAAGACAGUACCUUUUUUUGGGAUCCUCAAGACUAAUACUCGAGAGGUUUUGCUGGUCAGUCUGGCCUUUUCUAUCUUCUGCCUCAGUUUUGCUACGGAGGGGCCUAUCUCAGUCAUGGGCUUUGGACUAUGUCGCCUUUGCGACAGUAUGUUUUCAUUGUCAAGGGCUCCUUCGUCGGCAUCCUACACUCGGCUUCGGCGUACUCUCUUUCAUAAUCUUUCAACUCUUAUUCCAGAGACACAGAUCCUCAUUUUUGAUGGAUCUAUCUGGCAGAGCCCUUGGGCGAUUGAUGGCCAAAUUUCUCAUGGCCAUGUUCUGUGUUAAGCAAGAAGAGACACACUUCUACUUAUUUGAAAGAUGCAUUGCAGUAAUGAGUGACGUAAAGAAGGGUCUGAAGCGAGACAUUCAUGACGCCGAGUCUCCAUCACAUCUGCAAAACCAACUGGAGAUAAAGAAGAGAUGGCGUCGGGUUCAAUAUCCAAGUCGCCAUUGGGUCGCCCAUCUCAAAGAAAGCAAAGCCAAGUCAUCUGCAAUAGACAAAGUAGACGUUUUUCUCAAGCAGCACUUUCUCCAUUGGUUGGAGACCAUGGCCCACUUGGGUGUUGUUUCUGGGGCUCUAGGAGACCUUGAUAUUAUCAAGAACAUCGCGCGAUUUAACGCAAGGUCUGAACUUUCCAAGUUUCUGUAUGAUGCGCGGCGAUUCCUUCUCAAGAACAGACAUAUGGCCGAAAUUGCACCGCUUCAGCUCUACUACGCGGGACUGAUAUUUGCUCCGUCCAAUUCAAUCAUACGGCAGCAUUUCAAAAACGAGAUACGUUGGUUAUGCCCGUUACCCAAAGUGGAUGGGAACUGGAGUGAAGAUUUGCAGACCCUAGAGGGUCAUUCCGAUUGGAUCCGAUCAAUAGCCUUCUCUCCAGAUGGUCAAACUAUAGCCUCAGGCUCAAGUGACUAUACUAUCAAGCUCUGGGAUUCCCAAACGGGCCAAGAGCUACGAACUCUACAAGGUCAUUCCGAUUGGAUCCAAUCAAUAGCCUUCUCCCCAGAUGGUCAAACUAUAGCCUCAGGCUCAAGUGACCAUACUAUCAAGCUCUGGGAUGCUCUAACGGGCCAAGAGCUACGAACUCUACAAGGUCAUUCUGAUUAUGUCCAAUCAGUAGCCUUCUCCCCAGAUGGUCAAACUAUAGCCUCGGGCUCAGAUGACAAGACCAUCAAAGUCUGGGAUACUCGAACGGACCAGGAGCUACGAACUUUACAAGGUCAUUCCGAUUGGAUCCAAUCAAUAGCCUUCUCUCCAGAUGGUCAAACUAUAGCCUCAGGCUCAGGUGACUAUACUAUCAAGCUCUGGGAUUCCCAAACGGGCCAAGAGACACGAACUCUACAAGGUCAUUCUGGUUCUGUCCAAUCAAUAGCCUUCUCCCCAGAUGGUCAAACUAUAGCCUCAGGCUCAAGUGACCAUACUAUCAAGCUCUGGGAUGCUCUAACGGGCCAAGAGCUACGAACUCUACAAGGUCAUUCUGAUUCUGUCCAAUCAGUAGCCUUCUCCCCAGAUGGUCAAACUAUAGCCUCGGGCUCAGAUGACAAGACCAUCAAAGUCUGGGAUACUCGAACGGACCAGGAGCUACGAACUUUACAAGGUCAUUCUGACUGGGUCAGCUCAGUAGCCUUCUCCCCAGAUGGUCAAACUAUAGCCUCAGGCUCAAGUGACAAUACUAUCAAGCUCUGGGAUACUCGAACAGGCCAAGACCAAGAGCUAAAAACCCUACAUGACCACUCUGCUUCAGUCCAAUUAGUGGCCUUCUCUCCAGACAGUCAUACUAUAGCCUCAGGCUCAAGUGACUAUACUAUCAAAGUCUGGGAUGCUCGAACAGGCGAAGAGCUACGAGCCCUCAAGGGUCACUCUGAUCGGAUCAAAUGCAUAGCCUUCUGUCCAGACAGCUCAACUAUAGUCUCAGGCUCAAGAGAUAAAACUAUCAAAGUCUGGGAUACUCAAACAGGCCAAGAAACACAGACCCUACUGGGGCAUCACAUGCCACGGACCGUGGUCUUCUCUCCAGAUGGUCAGAUUAUAGCCUCGGGCUCACAUGGCCACAUCAUCACACUCUGGGAUGCUCAAACGGGCCAGAGGCUAGGAUCCCUAACCGGCCAUCCAGAUUUUGCUAGCUCGGUUGUUUUUUCAAACCCACAGAACCCAAUUCCCCAACUUUUCAUAAAAGAUGAGUGGGUCUACUUCCACAACCAAAUGCUGUUAUGGCUCCCUUUCGAGUACCGCCGCUUCCAUUGUCUAGCUACACACGGUAGCACAAUAGUCCUCGGAUACAGAGAUGGGAGAGUUGUCAUCUUUGGGUUCGAUGUGGAAUAG